AUGGGGGAGCCCAAUGCGACCAGGCACAGCGCACCGUUCGCGUCAGUCAUCAAGGAGUAUCGACCGGACUUGAAACCAUACGAAGAGCUGUACAAGCACUGCCAUGCCAACGGCGAGCUGUCGACCCAGGAGAAGGAGACGGCCGCGCUCAUCACCGACCGCCUGAAGAAGCUCUCGUCCGAUCUAGACAUACGCACUGGUAUCGGCGGGCACGGCCAAGUCGCCAUCCUCAAGAAUGGCUCCGGCCCGACGAUCCUGCUUCGAGCCGACAUCGACGCCUUGCCCGUGCAGGAGAAGACAGGCCUCGACUAUGCCAGCACGAAGACCAUGCGCGAUACGGACGGCCUCGUCAAACCGGUCAUGCACGCUUGUGGGCAUGAUUUCCACAUCACAUCCCUCCUCGCGGCCGCGGAGACCCUUAUCGCCGCCCGCUCAAAAUGGUCAGGCACCAUCGUCUUCCUGUUCCAACCCGCCGAGGAACGCGGAAGUGGUGCUCGUGCCAUGAUCGACGACGGUCUCUACGCCGCGGAAAAACACGCCUGCCCUAUCCCGGACAUCGUGCUGGGCCAGCACGUCUUCCCUCUCCAGGCAGGCAAGACCGCCACUCGCGCCGGGCCUGUCAUGUCCGCGGCAGACAGCUUCAAAGUCACAAUCUACGGCAGCGGCGGGCACGGCUCGAUGCCGCACCGCACGAUCGACCCGGUCGUUAUCGCAUCCCACGUCGUCGUGCGCCUGCAAUCCAUCGUGUCGCGGGAAGUCCCGCCGGACGAAACCGCCGUGGUCACCGUCGGCGCGCUACAAGCCGGGAGCACCGAGAACGUCAUCUCCGACGAAGCGGUUCUCAAGAUUAAUAUUCGGAGCGUGAGCUCCGCAUGGCGCGAGAGAUUGCUCGCCUCGGUCAAGAGGAUUAUCCAGGCGGAGUGCCUGGCGGGGAAUUGCCCGAAGGAACCGCUGAUCGAAGAGACGUCGAGUUUUCCGCUGACGGUCAACGAUGACGCCGUCGCUGGCGAGAUCAACAAAUCAUUCACAGCAUAUUUCGGUCCCGAGGCUCACGAUCCUAGCGUGAAGAAUGUGCUGGGGAGCGAGGAUUUCGGCAUGCUCGGCUCAGCGAUCAAUAGGCCGUACUGCUUCUGGUUCUUUGGGGGUCAUGAUGCUGCUAUGUACGAGGAGAUGAAGGCGAAAGGCGAGGAGCACAAGAUCCCGGUCAAUCAUAGCCCGUUUUUCGCGCCGGUCGUGCAGCCGACGUUGACAGUGGGGGUGGAUGCCCUGGUCGUGGCGGCUCUGACUUAUGUUGGGAAGAGCGAAUAG